AUGUCCAAACAACCCUUGGAAGGAUUAACUGUGAGAAUCUUUGAUCCCCCUGCCGAUGAUACGCAAAAAGCUACUACUGGUAGCAGAGGUUAUCGUGAAUAUACAGAGAUUGCUGGCACUGACCGCUUGAGAAACAUAAACUAUAAUUGGAACAAGGGUCAAUCUAUCACGCCUGAAGGCUUGAAAAAAACUACCCGUGAUUGGGACAAAGACUCUCAAACCAAGCGAAGCGAAAACGUUCAAGACUUGUCCCUGGUGAGCCGGUCGAAUGCAAACGACGACAAAAGCUUGAGAAAUGUCCAGUUGCAACAUGAAUUAUGGUCGCAUAUUCAGGUAAAGUUGGCAGAAAUUGCAGGAACACAAGACAAAAACAAGUGGGAAGCCAUUGUAGAUCUCUUCCGAAAACUGCGAGAAGGCAUCUUUUCUAGCCAAUGGAGUCGUGGAGACUUCAAAUUUGCCAAUCAAGUCUAUGAGGCAUCCAUCGAUUGCUGUAUCAAGGCAUCAAAUAACCAGGAAUUAGUCAAAAGCCUCUCGGGAUUGAUGGAAUUGUAUGAGCUUCAGGAUUACACAAACGCCAAAAUUUAUUAUACCACCUUGAAUAUCGUAUUCGAAUGUUGCUAUAAUGAGAACCUUAUCAAGGCAGCACAACGUAUCGCCUGUCUUGAGACAAACACGCAUGAGUAUCGUUUCGUUAAGAAGUUAAUUAAGUCUAUUUCUUCACAAAACUCGCUCUUAUUCUUUCGACUGUAUCAUCACAACCCAUACCCCGCAUUUCGAUCACUUAUGGACCAUUAUUCAGAUCGCAUCCGAAUCCAAGCCAUCGCACGAAUGCGAAAGGUAUAUUUAUCAGCCUCCAUUUCAUGGGUUGGCAUUUGGUUGGGUAUCUACCAUGAUAAUAAUGUCGUCUUGAGUGUGCUGGACAAAUUGGUGAAGCCUUCUUGCGUCAAAACGGUCGAUUAUGAGCGACAACUGGUGUAUUUUUUAAAGCGUUAA